AUGCCUAAAAUCCACACUGGAGAAAGACGUUAUGAGUGCAGUGAAUGCGGGAAAACUUUUAAUCAACAUUCUGCCCUCCAUCAGCAUCAGAGACUUCACACUGGUUCAAGGCCUUAUAAGUGCACUUAUUGUGGGAAAUCCUUUGCCGAUAAUUCCACCUUCAUUAAACACAGGAGAAUUCACACUGGAGAAAGGCCUUAUGAUUGCAGUAAAUGUGGGAAAGUGUUUUCCCAAAGUUUUUCACUCUUUUGACAUUGGAGAGUUCACACUGGAGAAAGGCCUUAUGAUUGCAAUAAAUGUGGGAAAGCAUUUUCCCGAAGUUCUUCACUCCUUCGAUAUUGGAGAGUUCACACUGGAGAAAGGCCUUAUGAUUGCAAUAAAUGUGGGAAAGCGUUUUCCCAAAGUUUUUCACUCCUUCGACAUUGGAGAGUUCACACUGGAGAAAGGCCUUAUGAUUGCAAUAAAUGUGGGAAAGCAUUUUCCCAAAGUUCUUCACUCCUUCGAUAUUGGAGAGUUCACACUGGAGAAAGGCCUUAUGAAUGUGGAGAGUGUGGAAAAUCAUUGAGGCAAAAGCCCAGCCUUAUACAACAUUGGAGAAUUCACACUAGAGAAAGACCUUAUAAGUGUGGGAAGUUAUUUAACAACAAGUCCCAUCUCAUUGUACACCAGAGAGUUCACACUGGGGAAAGGCCGUAUAAAUGCAAUGAAUGCGGGAAAUCAUUUAGUCAAAACUCUAAGCUCCUUCAACACCAGAGAAUCCACAUUGGAGAAAGACCUUAUGAGUGCAGUGAAUGUGGAAAAACUUUUAAUCAGUGUUCUGUUCUUCAUCAGCAUGAGAGACUUCACACUGGUUCAAGGCCUUUGAAGUGCACUGACUGUGGGAAAUCCUUUGCUGAUAAUUCCACCUUCAUUAAACGCAGGAGAAUUCACACUGGAGAAAGGCCUUAUGAGUGCAGCAAAUGUGGGAAAGCAUUUUCCCAAAGUUCUUCACUCCUUCUACAUCAGAGAGUGUUCAUGAUGUACACUUUUGAACCAGCCUGA